UUCGCACAUUGCCCGAGCCCGGGUGCGAGGGGGGCUCCCUCGGCAGGGGCUGCAACCGUCGCCCGAACGCCCCCCUGGCAGCGGACUGCGGCCUAAGGCCGGCCGGGGGAUCGUGACUGCCCCCCGCGGCCUCCCCGAGAAGCGAGGCCGGCCCGUCGGGAGGUCCCGGGCGGCGGCGCGGCCCCUUUAAGAGCGCAGCGCGGGAAAAGCGGGGGCGGGGCUUAGCCGGCCCGCGAAAGUGGCCACUUUGUAUCCGCAGCAGCAGCAGCAUCGGCGGGCGAGAUGGCGCAGCUCCGCCUGACCCGCUUCUUCCUGCAGAGCAAGGCCGGCCGGGAGCGGCAGCGGGGCGCCAAGCGGCGGAAAGGGGCGGCGGGGGAGCCGGACGGCGACUGGGCCGGCCCCGCUGAGCAGAAGCCGCGGCUGGGUCCGCCCGGGACUCCGCUCGCCUCCGCACCCCCGCCGGCCGGGCCGCCCAGCAGGAAGAGGCGCCGCUCGGAGCCCGAGCUGGAAGCGGAGCGGAGCCCCGUCGCCCCGCAUCGCCGCCCGCCCAAAGGGGGCGCCAGGAAGAGGCUGCUGAUGCCCCCGGAGGAGGAGGCGGCGGUCUCUGCCUGCCCCUCAUCCACAGCAGCUCUGGCGCCCGCCAGGCCCCCCUCCCUGGAUAAGGAAGCCAAGGAGCUGGUGAACGAGAUUCUCUCACCUGGCUUGAAGUUGGGGGGGACCUCCGGGACUGUGGCUGGUCCAGAGGAGAAGGAUGCACCCCAAAAGCAGCUCCUGGAGCUGAAGGGCCGUCUGGGCAAGAUCCACAGCCUGGUGCAGAAGAUCAAGGGCGGAAGUGCCAACCUGGAAUCUGGUGGCGACCUAAAGGGCCGACUGGAACGGGCCCGGCUGCUGGAAUCCCGGAUCCGCCAGAGGAAGCUCUCCCCACAAGAGGGGAGGAAGGACCCGGCACCCACAGCAGAGACCAGUGAGAAGGCGCCGGCCUAUCAGCGCUUCCACACCCUCGCCCAAGAUGUGCCCCCCGGUCUGCUCCUGCCGUACAAAUACAAGGUGCUGGCCGAGAUGUUCCGCAGCACCGACACCAUCGUGGCCAUGAUGUUCAACCGCUUGGAAGCAGUCACCUUUGCCAAGGUCAAGCAGGGCGUGCAGGAGAUGACACGCAAGCGCUUUGAAGAACGGCACUUGGGGCAGAUAAAGACGGUGUACCCAGGUUCUUACAUCCUGCGCCAAGAGAGAAACAUCCCUACCUUUGGUGGACCGGGAAAGCAGGGCGCCUACCAGCUGACGAUCGAGCCAGAGGUGGGAACAGGGGAGAAACUGACCGCAUCCCGGCUGAUGGAGCGUCGGAGCAUCUUCUGCAAGAACUUGACGGCCAGGGUCAAGGAGCACCACAAGGCGUUCCUGGCUUCUCUGGACCCUCCGAUGGCGAUAGCAGAGGAUGAGCUAACCCGCUGGCACCCUCGCUUCCCGGUAGACGAAGUGCCCGAGAUCGUGCCCGCCGAGCUGCCCCAGCCUCCCCACGUGGACAGGGUCACCACCGCGCAGGAGGUGCUGGCCAAGGCCCAAGGCAUGCUGACGCCCAAGAUGGAAAAGGCCUUGACCAACCUGGUCCUACGGACGGCAGGCAGCAGCAGCAGCCCCCCCACCCCGCAGCCUCCUCGCCCAGCUCUGCCCGGAACCCCCAACAGCCUGAGAGGCGUCUCGCAGUCCUUGGUGGAAAGGGUCAGGGCCAAGGAGGCUCAGAAGCUGCAGGCGCUGAUGACACGGAACCCUCAGCAGGAGCAGCGCCUGGCGAUGCUGGGCCGCCUGCCGGAGAUGGCGCGUAUCCUGCGCAACGUCUUUGUGGCCGAAAAGAAGCAGGCCCUCUCCAUGGAGCUGGCAUGCCAGCGGAUGACAGACAGCUACCAGGCGCUCAUGCCCACGGGAGAGAUGGAAAAACACCUCCACCUCUUCGCAGAGCUCCUGCCGGACUGGGUGCGCAUCCUGCCCAUUCGCCAAGAGAAUUACCUGAAGCUGGACAAGGCCAUGGACCUCAAUAUCGUAACCGAGAGGCUAACUGCGAGAAAGCGGGAAGAGGAGAGGCUCUGAUUUGAAGUGGGGGGGUGGGAGACGCCCAGAAAAUGGACUUCGGGGGGGGGGGGGAGCAGACGCCUGCUGCGUCUUCUACAUAGAAAGAGGGGAGUGGGCUUCCUGUCCAAUGGAAAACCCACAAGCUUUUGGGCAGCGCCAUGACGGAGGGUGGGCAUUAUUACGCAAUUCAACCGCUUUUUUAAAGGCACAAAACAUUUUUUGUCUCUUGGGCAGUUGGGAAAAGGUGUGGCUGCUUUUCCCAGGAAGGGUGGGGGGGAGGUUGGAGUCCCACAUCCUGUCCAUGAGUUGAGAGCAAGGAGGAAUACUCUGGGUUUUUUCUUUUUCUUUUAAAGAAAGGCUUGUUCUGUCUUGAAAUGUGAUUUGCAUACGAAACUUGGCAUUAAACUCCACUUACUUGAAGCUGGCCAAGCACAUCUCUGCCCCCCCCCUCCCCUCCCUAAGUGCAAACAGAAGCUCAAGGCUGCUUGCAAAACGCUCCUAAAUGGCCGGUGCCCCUUGAGCGGUUCUGCCGAGGCCCUCGGCAUGCCCGACCCCCUGAACAGCAGGCCUGUGAGGCAGAGGGCUUCAAGAAACCCCACCGGGGCCAGGUAUAAGAAGAGCAGUGCGUCUUUAAUAGCGAAUAGUUUUACAGAAGUGUUCAUUCCUUCCAGCUGACGUCUAGGGUAGAGUGAGGAGGAGCCACA